UGGACACUGAGGUGACCUUGCACGGCCUUGAGCGCAUGACUUUUCCGAAGGCUGUUUUCUUCGGAGAUUCUCUAACCCAGUUUGGUUGGACUCAUGAAGGCGGUUGGCUAUCAAUCCUGGCAUCUAUUUUUGUCAGGAAGAUAGAUAUUGUUGGGAGAGGUUAUUCUGGUUAUAACACUCGUCUGUGCAAACCAUUACUUCCAAUCCUCUAUCCAAAUAAGGACUCACUAAAGGAUUGUAAAUUUUUCACUAUUUUUCUCGGAGCUAAUGAUGCUUGUGCCACUCCACAACAGCAUGUACCAGUUGAAGAAUACAAAAGUAAUCUAAGUUGGAUGAUUGAAUAUAUUCAUAAAUUGGACGUGCCUAUGGAUCACAUUUCACUAAUCAGUUUACCUCCUAUUGAUGAGAAUAAAUGGGGUGCUAUUGAAAUAGCUAAAGGAAGGGCAAUUACACGAAGACUAGAUACUUGUGCGACCUAUGCAGUUGCAUGUCAAGAGGUUGCCAACGUCAAUGAAGUUAGUUUUGUGAAUUUAUAUGAAGCUAUGUUAAUGCAAAAGGUAAGUUCCUCUUCUAAUAAGUUCGAUAUUUUUGAGUAAUGGGAGCAUAAAUCUUUGCGUACAUAAUUUACAAAAAAAUUUCGGCAAAUAGGAUAUAUUGACUAUUGUCCUGAAUAUGUUUCUGUUUAGUAGUUGUAUAUCAGUGAAUUGAAAGGUUACUCUGUGAGAAUGUUCUGAAUAUUGGGCGACUGUUUCUGGACUGCUUAUGUUUACUAGACGAGGUUUACUGGUUGAUUUUUGACGGCUCAUCCUACUACUAUCCGGUCUUGUUUACGAAGAAAGCAGACAGCUAAUAAGUGAUGGUAGGUUACAAGGGCUAAAGUAUUCGACAAAACAUAUUACAUAACUAAAGAAUUUCAGAACCCACUCGAGGAAUUUCUCUUCACGACUUAGUUCAAUAAAAACGGAAUUACAGCAGACUGAACUAAGUAUAUAAGUGACAUGUCUUUUGAAGACUAAAUUCAAGAUUCACCAAAGGAAGUACUCAUUAAUCAAGAAAUCAUUUGCCUUAGUGCUAUUUUUAAUCAUUAAAGUGGUUUUUAAUUCUCUAUUUGUCUACUUUUAGUGAUACAUGUCCAGCCAAAAUAAAAAACAACUUGUAAAGUCGUUCAAAAAUUUAGGUAAUAAUGAGGUUCCAAGUCGUUAGGUGUUAUAAGCCAUUAAUCCUAGCUUUUGGUGUUUUGAUCAAUGGCUUUUGCAUGCUUAUCUGAAAGCGAAACCCUUUUUAUUUGUCUAGAUCUCAGCAAGUGUUUAACUUCGGUUAUUCACAUAAUAUAUUCAUCCAAAGACACCAUUUUAAUAAUGUUAUUUAGUUGUAAAUCAAACUCCUCAAAAAUUACAUGGGUCUUUUCCUUUUCAGAAUUGGGAGUCUUUCCUUUCAGACGGUUUACACUUUUCUAGAAAAGGAUCUGAGUUUUUGGCAAGGAUCUUAGAAGACUUACUUACGGAUAAAUUAGGUGACUUAAAGUGGUGGUUUCCGGAUUGGAAAGUUAUAAACCCGAACGAUCCAGCGGAGUCUAUCAGUCACUAUCUUCAGUCCCAAAUCUGAUAUUUUCUGAGUGACGAAAGACUUCUACGUGGCUUUACUAACUAUACUUAUUUAGAUACAUUGUGAUUGUUGCAAUUGUCUUCAUUUGUUAGUUCUUAUGUAAAGAGUUUAAACUUAUUUGGAACAUAGAUAAAUGUAUGUUCUAUUACAACUAAGAAUAUGGUUACUGUCCCUAUUAUUCUACGAUUUUCCGUGCCGCUGUGUGGCAUUUUGGAUCAAUGUACACUGUUAUGUUUAAAGAUAUUACGAGUUCACCGAAUCUGGAAACGGAACGAAGACUCUGUGUGUGAUACAAUGACAGAUAGGCUAGCUAUUCCAACGCGUCCCAACCCCGCGAACUAGAGAGAUAAAUCCAAGUGCGGAAGAGGCAAAUAUAUUCCACAAACAGCCAGAAGCACGAACAACCACGACAAGACUAGUCGGAAAUACACUCAUUUAUAUAUUGAUUCAUAGACCCGUUCUUGAUUAAUAAUUAGAAUAAAAUCAUUUAUAUGAAAAAUACUUAGUUGUAACAAAUCAUAUGCUGAGUAUUGUUCAUGUUAACUUAAUACAAGUAUAUCGUAUGUUACACAGAAUAAAAUGCAAUACGGGAAAACGAAACAAAUACUAUAUUGAGCAAUCGUCACAUUGAAUUAAAACGGAAUUAAUGUUGAACGAAAAUCAUAAUGAGUAAAUCAAUCUAAUUUUGACUUUUCAUCCCAAGUUCUACGUUGUAUAAGACUAACGAGCAUGUCUUACAUAUCCCGAACCACUGCCUUUGUUGACAUACAAUGUUGGUUGUAGUAAAAGUACGUUAAAACAAGGGUAGGUGUAGCCAAACUAUGAUGUAGUAUCAGUUCACGAAACAAUGAACUGCCAGCCUAAGCCAUGUUGUUAAGUGCAGAUUACUUGGUUGAUGUUUGCAAUAUAAUAACGAUCAAUGGUUGAAAAUAUUUGGUGAUAUGUUCCAAAUAAAUCCACUCUUUUAUCCUUCCUUAGAUCUUCAGUCCCUACAGUUCUUUAUUAUUUACUUGAACACAAAUAUUGGUACAAAGGGGCACCGAUUACAUAUGCGCCGCACAUUCACUUGAUUUGUGUGUGGGCUGUGACACUGCCCGAGUGUCCAAACCUGAGUAGGUAGUUUCCUUAGGGAGCCUCCGACCUAAAAGUCUAAUCCACAAGACAGUUUAGCAACGUCGGAAGAUGCAGUUCCAUGGUCGGCAAUUGGUUCAUACGCCAUUAGUUACCUCAGGGUCCUGGACCCCAUGUGCACCACUGGUUCGGAAUCAGGGCUUUCCAACUAAUAGGUGGACCCUCCGUGUUCACCAACCCGGUUGAAGCGCCGAACACUUGCUUUUCAUCCUCUCGAUUUUGUAAACAAUACCCCCCACGCGAUAAGGUAGUGAGUAGGACUUUCCUGACCGUGGCUAUAUAUGCGUAGCCAUAUGAGAGUAUUUCGAGAGUGAGAGCCUACUCUCCCCACCCUAGGCCGCACCAGGCAUUUGGGGGCACAGUCCUUCACAAAUACACUUUAUUGAACCAUUUUUCUCGAUGACUACUCGUUCUCACAUUUAUUGAUACUAGUACUUCAUUGGUAUUCAUCUUUUUAAUUUAAUAUGGCUAUGCAGAUGUUUCAUGAGAACUUAUUGUUGCGAUCAAUCCAAAGGCAGAGGCAGUGAUGCAAAGACUAGAAGCCGCUAUAUUACCAGUGAUCAAACCACAAAUUUGGAUUCGUUAUGUAGACGAUAUCUUCAUCAUCGUCAAAAAGAAUGAACUAGAAAACACUUACAAACGGAUCAACAACGUCUUCGGUGACAUCAAGUUCACCAUGGAACAGGAGUCAAACAACAAACUAGCAUUCUUGGAUAUAUUGAUCACUAGAACCGACACAGGAAAACUGGAAACUCAAGUAUAUAGGAAACCGACCCAUACAGAUCAAAUUCUCAACUACAAUAGCAACAACCCAAGAGCUCACAAAAUCAACUGCGUACACAAUUUGUUCAAGAGGGCGAGAACACACUGCAGCACGAAGAAAUGAAGAGAAAUACCCGAAGGAUGUAUUUCAGAACGGCUACCCAAUCAACUUCAUCAAAAAGUACCAACCGCACGCAACAUUAGAACUCAAGUCAAGCACAAAAUCAACAAAAGGAUCACCCUACCAGAUAUACAAGGAAUAUCAGAAACCGCAAGACUGCUGAAAACCUUCGGAAUAGGUGUAGCACACAAACCGACAAAAUCACUGCAAUCAACCAUAUGCAAACC